AUGACGGCGGAUGUCAGGCGAGAUGAGGAGGCGCCGUUCCUCGUGAAGCUCUUUUAUCGGACAGGCGCAUUCCAUAGACCUGAUGAAUUCGGCCCGGAGACCCAGCUCCCUUAUAUCUCCAUUUACACCUGGAAGGACUGCUCGCUCAGAGAGUUUUCACACCACCUGCUCGGCGAGUCCCCUCCAGUCCUGCCAGACCCUGCAAUCGGCACCCGUCUUUGCUUUCGCCUCAUCUACGCCGAUACGCGCGCUAGGAUCGACCAGCCACCACGCUAUGUAGCCAAGGACCUCGGCAGCAUAGUGCUGGGUGGCGGAGGGCCGGGUGCGGGACCAGACGAGGGCGUCCCGGAGGGUAGUGUUGAUGAUGGCGACAGGACACUGGCUGACGGUCGGUUCAUGACGGGCGACUUCAUCAGCUGCGCCAUUCUCCCGCCGGACGAACUCACAGGCGACGUGAUGCCGGCGAGCAGCGCUAGGAUCGGGCGCGGUGCUGGAGUGGGUGAGGCCAAGGGUGAUAUGGGCUCCGCGCCGCCGCCACCACAACGAAGCAUGGAUUAUGGGCCGUCCAGUGGGUUUCGUGGUAGGGCGUUUAGAGGAAACUCCCGUGGCUAUGGCCGUGGGGGAGGCUACUAUGGUAGGGAUGAACCUUCCGGGAGAGGGAACGGCCUGCCAGAAGGCGAGUGGAGGAGAGGAGACAGGCUACCAGAUCUUCCUCAAGAACGGGGCCGGUGGGGGAGAUGAGAACUCCAGGCCUUUCGUGGAUCAGGAGACUCACUUAUUAUGGGGGUUAUGCUGGGAAUGGUCUUACGAGAUCUGCUCUCGCGGACUUAUGGGUCCUGUCGAUGGCUUACUUCCACCGCCAUGGCUAUGUAGCGAGAGCUACUGUGGCAUGAUCAACCUUUACGACGAGGAGGCCGCCGAGUUGGUGGUGCUGGGGAAAUUAUAAUCCACCACCUUAGAACCUGGGUGAAGGCAAGUUGACGUACCCAUUUCCGGCUAUCCAAUCGCAAGCCGCGGGAAAGUCGGAAAACGACAUAAAGAGCUCCCGUGCUGGACCCGGCGAUGCUUCCUAGCUUAUGGGGUUGGUUUUCGCUGAGGAUAGCAACAAGCAUAUCCAUCUAAGGAAACGUCAACAUAUCAGGCCACAAUGCUUGGCCAGGAGUUAGUCGCAAUGCUAGACACCAGUG